UGGGUAUCUCCGGUGAUAUCUCUGAUAUGCAAAAGAUCGAAAGAUUGUUAGAUGACUUAGAGAUCUCUGAGGGCUACGACUGUAGUGGACACGAAUUGAAGGCGCCACACAUCCAUGAAUACCUCUCCAGAGUCUUUUAUAACAGAAGAUCCAAAAUGGACCCACUAUGGAACUCGGUCAUCGUCGGCGGCUUCGACGAACAGGACAAGCCGUUCUUGGCGUAUGUGGACUUAUUAGGUGUUACCUACUCUGCCCCUACCUUAGCCUCCGGUUUUGGUGCACAUUUGGCCAUCCCCUUGUUGAGAAAGGCGAUUCAAAACGACGGUGACGAAGAAAAGUUGACCGAGGAGCAGGCCAGAGAGGUCAUGGUCAACUGUAUGAAGGUGUUGUUCUACAGAGACGCAAGAUCUAUGGACAAGUACACACUUGUGACCAUCAAGAAGAGCGGUGCCAAGGUUGAGAGUGACUUGAAAGUGGAAAACAUGCAAUGGGGGUUUGCCAAGGAUAUCAAGGGUUACGGCAGUGCCCAGGUCUAGAGUGCGUAAUGUCUGUUGAUGCGUUUAUAUGUAAGAUUUCCGAGAAUGAGGUGUAGUGUAUACUGGGGAUCAGUCGUGGAGCAUUUUAUUUGAAUACUGUUUAAACUACCAAUACAUCACGAACGUGAGAAGCCUAGCUGCAAAAUAAUUACCCACUGGAAGUAACUCCGGGCGCCAAACCCCUAAUGGGCGUUGUUGGUGUAUGACGGACUCGUGUUGAUACGGUACCAAGGCAAGGUAACUCCUCAUGACAGUCAAAAGGUGGUCUACACCAUGCCCUCACGGGGGAAGUGGCUAUGUAUCGGUUUUUUUUCUUUCUCUCUCUACAAAUAAAAUGAGAUCUGAC